CGAUUUUGUCGAUACAAAACCGUACUAAUAUUUUAUUUGAUAUGCGUUCACCGGUUUUCUUAAAGGCGCCUGAUGUAUUAACUUCUUGUGGCCUCUCUUGUAAAUAAUGUUAUUGUGACCCCGUUGUAUAUUUUCAGCGCAUUUACUGUGAAUGUAUAUUAUAAAGACACGACAAAACAAAAACUUUCAAGGUUUACAACAAAAAGAUAAAAAAGAAAUUAUUCUGUUUUUUAAUAACAUUUAUCUUUGUUAAUGUCUCGACAGAUAAUGACCUUAUGAUAGAAUACAAGAGGGAGGUUUUCAUUACAAAUGAACACAUUAAGCUUGCCUAUCAGAGUGAUACAAAAACUAAUUCUCUAGCAAAUGGAUUGGAGUGUGUAAUUAAAACAAUCAUUGAAGAGUUAUUAUAUAAAAUAGAAUCAAUGAAUAAUAUGAUUAAUGUACCGGAAUAUCUAUUCGAAAACGAUGUUCAGGGAUCUAUAGACUUACAAGGAACUAUGCAAGUCGAAAUUAAUGCUGUAUUAAAAAUUGAUGUUCCUGACAUUGAUGAAAACCAAAAUUUUGAAAAAUUAGAUUUGUUCGAACUGGGAGAAGAGAGAAGGUGUUUAACUAGAAAAGCUUUAAAAAAUAUAUUCAUUCAUAAAAUAGGUUUUAGAAAUUUGACUGCACUUACAGAAGAAAGAAGACUACAUACUACAGAAAAAAUAAGAAAUAAAAUCGCCAAUUUAUUCAAUGGAAAAAAACCGCAAGAAUAUUUAUUGAAGAUGUGUACAUUAGUAGCAUUAUGUAUAAGUGCAAAAUCAUCAAAAUUAUAUAUAACUUUUCUUCAGAUAACAAAUACUGGUGAUUGUAUCUUGACGGAUACUAUUACACCAUACAAAACAUACAGAGAGAUUAAAAACAUAUGGUGGCAAAUAAAAGUCAAUGACACAAGUGAUGAAAUACCAGUUUUAGAGCUGUUAUGAUAUUUUAGAUCAGGAAUCAAUGCCAUUGUAUAAGAAUCUAAA